AUGGCGGCGUCCUUAGAUGAUGAUUUGGAGUUUGAUAACCAAGAUUAUUAUUCUCUACUCAACGUCCGGAAAGAGGCCACCCAGGAGGAGCUGAAGGCUUCCUACCGGCGGCUGUGCAUGCUCUACCACCCUGACAAGCAUCGAGACCCUGAGCUGAAAAGACAGGCCGAGCAACUUUUCAACCAGGUGCACCAGGCUUAUGAAGUGUUGAGUGAUCCUCAGUCCAGGGCAAUAUAUGACAUUUUUGGGAAAAAAGGACUGGAGGUGGAGGGCUGGGAAGUUGUUGAAAGGAAGAGAACUCCUGCAGAAAUUCGUGAGGAGUAUGAAAGGCUGCAGAGGGAAAGGGACGAAAGGAGACUACAGCAAAGAACUAACCCUAAGGGCACCAUCAGUGUGGGUGUGGAUGCAACUGACCUGUUUGACCGCUAUGAUGAGGACUUUGAGGAGAUGCCAGGGGGAGGCUUUCCUCACAUUGAAAUCAACAAGAUGCACAUCUCCCAGUCCAUAGAGGCUCCUUUAACUAACACGGACACAGCGGUGCUGUCGGGUUCGCUCUCAACGCACAAUGGGAACGGCGGAGGCAAUAUUAAUAUGACCGUACGGAGGGUCACAUCCGCCAAAGGCUGGGGAGAGCUUGAGUUUGGUGCAGGAGACAUACUGGGACCUCUCUUUGGGUUAAAGGUGUUUCGGAACCUGACACCACGAUGUUUCUUGACAGCCCAGUGUGGUAUGCAGUUCUCUCCUCGCGGCUUGCGGCCCAGCUGCUCUCUGAUGACUGCGCGCCACCUUGACCAGAACACCAUGGGCUAUUUACAGUGGCGCUGGGGCCCCAACAGCGCCAUGACCACCAGCCUGGUCCGAGACACCAAGACCAGCCACUUCACUCUAGCUCUGCAGCUGGGCAUGCCUCACUCCUACCUGAUGAUGAGCUACCAGUACAAGUUCCAGGAUGAGGACCAGACCAAGGUUAAAGGCUCUGUCAAGACGGGCUGGUUUGGUACUGUGGUGGAAUACGGAGCAGAGAGGAAGAUCAGCAGACACAGCAUCUUGUCUGCCACUGUUAGCGUCGGUGUCCCUCAGGGAGUCACACUCAAAAUCAGGUUGGCACGUGCCAGCCAGACAUAUCUGUUUCCUGUCCACCUGACAGACCAGCUGCUGCCCAGUGCGGUCUUCUACGCCACUGUGGGACCUCUGCUUGUCUACAUGGCUAUCCACAGACUGAUAAUCAUCCCAUACACACGAGCACAGAAGGAACAAGAGUUAGAGCUGCAGAGGAAAAGCUCCGCCACAGACAUCGCCAAGAAAAAACAGGAGGCAGAGUCAGCAGUUCUGCUGAUGCAGGAAUCUGUGAGGAGAAUCAUAGAAGCAGAGGAAUCCAAGAUGGGUCUGAUCAUUCUGAAUGCCUGGUAUGGGAAGUUUGUGACCGACACCAGCCAGAAGCAGGAGAGAGCCCAGGUCAUCGAUGUCACCGUCCCUCUGCAGUGCCUGGUCAAAGACUCCAAACUCAUCCUCACUGAAGCCUCCAAGGCGGGGUUGCCAGGGUUUUACGACCCCUGUGUAGGAGAGGAGAAGAGUCUCAAAUUACUGUACCAGUUCAGAGGCGUCAUGCACCAAGUCCUCUCUGGAGAUACCGAGGCCCUACGGAUACCCAAGCAAUCUCACAGAAUUGACUCCGAGUCCUAGGAGCCCACAGCUGCUGGAUCACCAGAAGACAAGAUGCAGACAGACAAAACAGACUCUCUGUUCACAGAAGGACCUUGGCAAAGAGGGAGACAACAAAAAAUAAGGCUCUUCCUCUCCUCUGCUUCUCCUCUGUCAUGGUUAUUAGUGAAGCAGUUUUACAGUUCCUCCACUCCUUCCUUUCCUUUGAGCCCUCUCCCAGGGUCAAGAGAAUACAGGACAGAGCUGAGUUUUUACAAGGUUUUUACCCUCUGUGUCUCUAGUCUACUACACUACAGGGCUGCUCAAAUGUCUGCCUGCUGCUGGAGACUGGAUAUUGGCCUGAUCAUAGUAUCUGUAUGCACUACAAAAAAGGGACUAGUAUUGACUAACAAUGUGGCGAUUCGCAUUGAAGCUAAAAGUGUACAGCUAAAUUAAUAAACUAAAUGUUUCUUGACAUUUGUUAUGUCAAGUAAUCCACAGUGUAAGCAAAUGAGCUAUGCUGUAAUUUAAGCCCCCUCUCCUCCAUGGCAAUGCAGUCUUCGCCCUGUGUAUGCAUAUCAUCCUAUCCUGGUAGUUAUCAAAUCUAAUGUUAUUUUGAUAGCCACUAAUGUCACUAACUCAUGCUAACAUUUAGGGUUAUGAUAAAACUAUGCAUGAUCAUAUCUCAUUAUCCUUAAGGCUUGCCAGCUGGCAAGGUAUACUGAAGGACUUUGGGAUGCCUGUGUAUCUCAUGUUUUUAUUUAGUUUGUUGAAAUGUCUAAGCCUAAUUUAUUAUGCCUUGUAGUGACAUGUCUGCUGCUCAUGUGGGUGCCAGCCAGCAGGUGUAAGCUGGCACCCAAAACUGGAAGAGUAUCUGUGAAAGGGUAGGGGGGUGGGUCGUAUCUAAGUUACAGUGAGGGAUAGAAACCUACAUGUAAAGGCAAUUUUGCUGCUAAAGCAGUCCUUGUCACAGGCAAUAACCUGUCACUAGAACUGACAUGAGCCACACUUGGGACCAUGUUACUGAUUAUGGCACAUUGACAUAGGCUACGUUUAGUUGUUUAUGUCUUGUUUAUGUCUUUGAAUCGCUGUUAGAGUGUAGUUUCAGUCUGUACACCAGCCAUGUGCCAUAUCUUAACAUUUGAUGACACUGUUAUCUUUCCCUGUUUGAACUGAGCUCCAAUGCCACGUCACUUCUCACAUAUAGUAGCAUAACUAAUAACUUGACAUCUUUGUCAGCCAGGGUUUUUAUGGCUGUUUUUCUAAGUGAUAAUCCACAUUCAGGAGUCUCAUAUCUGCUUUAGUCAUUUUCUCAUCAGCGCCAAGUUAUCUGGGGGAAAACUUAUGUAUUUUAUUGAUGCACUUUCUGUUGAAGUAUAGGCAAGUGUUGUAGGACAGAUACUCCCAAAGUUGAAUCAUAUGAGGGGUCUCUAAAUAAAAGCACAUUAGGGCGCAUCUGCGAUUUAUGUUGGUAGCUAUGAUUUAGUCCAUGAUUUUCAGUGUCUAUACUGUAGGUGGAGUGAUAACCUGUGAAGAGAGUGAAACCUCCAAUCAGAAGUCAUGGUCAUACAAUACUUUAUUAGAAAUGAAAUACCUGUGAAUUUAAUAUAUUCAUUUUGCUGAUGGCUCUGUCAUGGACAUGUGGAAGACAUAACCCCCACUUCAGGUACCAAUGCUGUUGUCUGUAAUUGGGAUUUUAUUGGAUAUUUUAACAUUUUGCACAAGUAUAUUUUUAAAAUUUCUAAGACGCUAACUGCCUGUCAUCAAAGUGGCACUGCAGCCUCUGAUUUAAUGUCUGCACACGUCUUCAUGCUCAGCUGCAUAGGGUGCAUUUGAGCCGUAGGAACGAGUCCUGUUGACUUUGUGGCAUCCUCUCCUUUGAUUGUUUCUUGUUUUGACCACCUACUGUCUACCUAAAGUAGUGAUCCUGAUCUACAGUCAGAUUAGAUCCACUAUUACAGCAGCCAUCCUGCACUGAUCCUGUUUGUGAGAUUUGUCUGAUCUUGUUUGCCCCUUGUGUGCUGUUAAGUAUUUGGACAGAUCAGUUGGUCAACUCUGCUCUGGUGCCACCACAAGGGCAGCAGCAGGACUGCCUCCUGCUCUCAGCCCAGUGAUCCAAACUGACCCAGUCACUGUAUGUUAAAGUAAUGCGCAAGAAGCCUCUGUUGUCCCUUGUCUUGUAAAGAUCACAAUAAAUCUGAGAA